GCAGCCGGUGGCCCCGCGGAGCCGCCCAACCCGCCGGGCCUGCAGAGCCGCUGACCCCCCGGGGGAAAGAUGCACCCGCCGCCGCUGCUGCUGCCGCUGCUCCCGGGGCCUCGCAGCCUCGGAGGGCGACCGGCUGGAAGCUGUCGGAGGAGGAGGCCUGCCGGGAGGACCUACCCGCCACUGCCCCAACACACCUGGACCAACAACCUGGCCCUGCUGGAGUGCCUGCAGGACCGCAGAGAGGAAAUUGAGAUUGCCCCUGACUGCAACCAUCUGCUGUGGAACUAUAAACUCAACCUGACCACAGAGCCCAAGUUCGAGUCGGUGGCCGCGGAGGUCUGCAAGAGCACCAUCGCUGAGAUAAAGGAGUGUAACGAGGUGGAGCGAGGGAGGGGCUACCUGGUGUCCUGCCUCGUGGAUCACCGUGGCAACAUCAGCGAGAGCCAGUGUAACCAGUACAUCACCAAGAUGACCGGCAUCGUCUUCAGCGACUACAGGCUGAUCUGCGGCUUCGUGGACAAAUGCAGAGACGACAUCAACCGCCUGCACUGCGGCAGCAUCAACGUCGGACACAAGGACGUCCACUCCCAGGGCGAGGUGAUCGCCUGUCUGGAGAAGGCGUUGGUCGGGGAGGCGGAGCAGCAGGAUCACGUCCGACCAAUCAAACAGGAGUGUCAGAGGGCGAUCCUGCGGGUUGCCGAGCUGUCGUCCGACGACUUUCACCUCGACAGACAUCUUUACUUCUCCUGCAGAGAGGACCGCGAGAGAUUCUGUCAGAACACUCAGGCGGGAGAAGGGAAAGUCUACAAGUGUCUGUUUAAUCACAAGUUUGAAGAGGCCAUGUCCGAGAAGUGCCGUGACGCUCUGACCACCCGUCAGAAGCUCAUCUCUCAGGACUACAGGGUCAGUUACUCCCUGGCUAAAGCCUGUAAGCUGGACCUGAGGAAGCAGCGCUGCAGCCUGGACACCAACCUGCCGCGAGCUCGCGAGGCUCGACUGUCGUACCUGCUGCUGUGCCUGGAGUCUGCGGUGCACCGCGGUCGUCCGGUCAGCAACGAGUGUCAGGGCGAGAUGCUGGACUACCGGCGGAUGCUGAUGGAGGAUUUCUCUCUGAGUCCGGAGAUCGUGCUGCACUGCCGGACGGAGAUCGAGGCUCACUGCUCCGGGCUGCACCGCAAAGGCCGCACGCUGCACUGCCUGAUGAGGAUCGGACGCAACGAACGCAGCACCGCCAUCGACAGCGUCUGCCAGAGCGCCCUGCAGACGCUGGUCCAGUCCGCCGACCCCGGAGCCGACUACCGGAUCGACCGGGCGCUCAACGAGGCCUGCGAGUCCGUCAUCCAGACCGCCUGCAAACACAUCCGCAUCGGAGACCCAAUGAUCCUGUCGUGCCUGAUGGAGCACCUGUACACAGAGAAGAUGGUGGAGGACUGUGAGCACCGCCUGCUGGAGCUGCAGUAUUUCAUAUCCAGAGACUGGAAGUUGGACCCCCUCCUGUAUAAGAAGUGUCAGGGCGACGCAGCUCGGCUCUGCCACACUCACGGCUGGAACGAGACCAGCGAGCUGAUGCCGCCGGGCGCCGUGUUCUCCUGCCUGUACCGCCACGCCUACCGUACCGAGGAGCAGGGGCGGCGGUUGUCUCGGGACUGUAAGGUGGAGGUUCAGAGGAUUCUCCACCAGAGGGCGCUGGAUGUGAAGUUGGACCCUGAGCUGCAGAAACGCUGCAUGACCGACCUCGGCAAGUGGUGCAGCGAGAAGCUGGAAGCUGGACAGGAGCUGGAGUGUCUGCAGGAUCAUCUGGAGGACCUGGUGUCCGCCUGCAGGGAAGUCGUGGGGAACCUGACCGAGCUGGAGUCAGAGGACAUCCAGAUCGACGCGCUGCUCAUGAGAGCCUGUGAACCCGUCACACUGGCCCACUGCCACGAUGUAGUUGAUAACCAGAUCGACACCAGCGACCUGAUGGAGUGUUUGGUUCAGAACAAACAUCAGAAGGAGAUGAACGAGAAGUGCGCCGUCGGCGUCACGCACUUCCAGCUGAUCCAGAUGAAAGACUUCCGCUUCUCCUACAAGUUCAAGAUGGCGUGUAAGGAGGACGUCCUGCGCCUGUGUCCGAACAUCAAGAAGAAAGUCGACGUCGUCAUCUGUCUCAGCACCACAGUGAGGAACGACACGCUGCAGGAGGCCAAAGAGCAGCGAGUGUCACUCAAAUGUCGGAAACAGCUGAGGGUGGAGGAGCUGGAGAUGUCGGAGGACAUCCGGUUGGACCCGGAGUUGUACGAUCCAUGUAAGUCCGACAUGAGUCGUCUGUGUCCUAACGUGGCGUUUGGAAACGCUCAGAUGAUCGAGUGUCUGAAGGAGCAGAAGAGGCGGCUGAGUCAGCGCUGCCACCAGCGGAUCUUCAGGCUGCAGGAGGUGGAGAUGUCCGACCCUGAGCUCGACUACCAGCUGAUGAGAGUCUGCAAGCAGAUGAUCAAGCGGUUCUGUACUGAGGCGGACGCCAGGUACGUCCUGCAGUGUCUGAAACAGAACAAGAACAGCGAGCUGAUGGAUCCGAAGUGCAAACAGAUGAUCACCAAGAGGCAGAUCACUCAGAACACGGACUACAGGUUGAACCCGAUCCUGAGGAAAUCCUGCCGAGCCGACAUCCCGAAGUUCUGCCAGCCGAUCCUGAACAAGGCGAGCGCGGACAGUGAGCUGGAGGGUCAGGUGAUCGCCUGCCUCAAACUGAAGUUCAGCGACCAGCGUUUGUCUCCAGACUGUGAAGAUCAGAUCAGAGUGAUUCUGCAGGAGUCGGCUCUGGACUACAGACUGGACCCACAACUACAGAUACACUGCUCGGAAGAGAUCUCCAGGUUCUGUGCGGAGGAGGCUGCCGCUCAGGAGCAGACGGGUCAGGUUGAAGAGUGUCUGAAAGUCAACCUGCUGAAAAUCAAACAGGACUCGUGUAAGAAGGACGUCCUGAACAUGCUGAAGGAGAGUAAGGCGGACAUCUUCGUGGACCCGGUCCUCCACACGGCGUGCGCUCUGGACCUCAAACAUCACUGUGCUGCGAUCACGCCGGGCCGAGGCCGACAGAUGUCGUGUCUGAUGGAGGCGCUGCAGGACAAGAGAGUCCGUCUGCAGCCCGAGUGUAAGAAGAGACUUCAAGACCGCAUCGACAUGUGGAGCUACGCCGCCAAGGUGGCGCCGGCUGAGGGCUUCUCAGACCUGGCUGAGCAGGUGAUGACAUCGCCCUCCAAGAACUACAUCCUGCUGAUGAUCGCGCUGACCGUGUGCGUCCUGUUCUUGGUCGGGCUGCUGUGCGGUCGGGUCACCAAGCGAGUGACGAGAGAACUGAAGGACUGGUACAGAACGAGCACCUCUCUGAAAAAAAAAGACUGCCUCCUUUCACCUUCCUUCUCCUCCUCUUCUUCUUCUUCCUCCUCCUCCUCUGCCAGACGUCUGGUCGGUCUGUAACCAACGCCAGCACCUUCUCCAUCUGGACCUCCUCUGUUUCAUUGGCUGCUGCUGAAUCUUUAAAUCAAAACCUUCAAUCUCCAUUUGGGCCUUUCCAAACAUCGACUGUCUCGUUGGAGCUCGGCGAUCAAAUCUUCUUUUCUUUCCCAACAAAUCUGCUUCGGGCGGGGACUUUGCUUGGGUGUGGGGGAUCGUCCGGCAUCUUUUUAAGUUUCUAACUAAGCGCUGUUCAUGAUGUGACUGAGGCGGGCUGCUGCUGCUGCUGCUUCUUCUGAGGUGAGGAUCGCUUCCCACUCUUUCCUGAGUCCUGAAGCUUUUUGUGAUAUUUACCUGGAGACUUGGAGCAUGUGGAGCAACAGGACGUUCUUUCUUUCUAAGUGACUGCUGCUGCCUGGGGAAAAAAAGCAACUUUAAAUCUUUUUGAAGUUUUUCUUUGUUGCUCAUCUGUGACUUUCUUUUUUUUGUGUGUGUCCUCUUCACUCCUCGACAGGAUCAAGUCCUCCUCGCCGUGUUCGACUCCCUACGUCCGGACGCAUACAGACACCUCUGGUUUUGUAUUUUAAAGAGAUUCCCUCCGGAUGACCUGCGUUAGUCUCGAUCACUGUCCUCUGUUGCCUUUAAGCAUUGUUUUCUUUGUUUAAUGAUUGUUAAUAUUUGAUAUUUAAAGCAUUUAAACAUCGUUUUUGUCAUUGGCGUAUCGAUGGCGUGCACUGAGCUGCUUCGUUUACUCUCUCUCUAAAGUCAGAUCCUGCAUUUAUACUCAGCCUGCGCGUGAUGUGCACAGUAGAUGAACUUCAGACAUCGAGCCAAAAAAAAA